AUGUUGUCUAAUCCACUCCAACGCUUCUCACCCUACCAGAACAUCACCUCAUCCAACAUCUCACCUGAUGGGAGCGUCCAGCAAGGCACGAUGCAGAACGGUGGCUUAGACUCACUGCAGAGCCAUCAGUAUCCGAUUCAACCUCUCUCGCAGGCUAUGCCUCUCUCGAACGGCCAUCUUGAAAGAUCCGCUGGUCAAGUAAAGAACCGGCAACACCCUUAUGGGGUUCACCCGCGUAACGGUAGCACCUCCGGACCCAUCAGGAGAAGAAUCAGUCGAGCCUGCGAUCAGUGUAAUCAACUUCGAACCAAAUGCGAUGGUCAACACCCUUGUGCGCACUGCAUUGAAUUCGGCCUGGGGUGUGAGUACAUCCGCGAAAGGAAGAAGAGAGGCAAGGCAUCGAGGAAAGAACUGGCCCAGCAAGCUGCGGCUCAAGCUGCUGCCGCUGCCUCGGGCCAGAGCAUCGACGACUCUCUGUCCGAUAAUGGUCAGACCAGUACUAAAGGCCUUGACUCUUCAAAUAUGGGCCUAGAACAGCAAUCGAAUGACCGACAUCCCAGUACUAGCAGCAAAUCAAGCAGAGAUCCGGGCGACGAAGUAAUGCGACACACGCAAGGCCUCGAAGGUCUAGACCAUCUUGGCAACAUCAACGAGCAACCACAUCUUUCUCGAUCUUCUCUGGAUGGCGAACACAUCGAAAAUAACGGAGGUCUCGAUCUCAACGGCUUCGGCGGGAUGCCACACGCAUACGAUUCGCAAGGCUUAGAGGGUCCCGUGCUUAACGGUCAGUCUUAUGCUCCUAAUGGACGAGGAAACAUGCCUGGAUAUGCCGAAUUCCCAUAUUCGAUGCAAGCUCAGAGCCCACCCAACUUUAACAACGGUUCUGCAUUCCGAAUGGGAAAUAGCCCAUUGGGAUACUCGAUGGGCAAAGGAACAUCUCCUGGAUGGGGGAUUUCCAUGGCUUCACCCACAGGCCAAUAUCAGACACAAGCUCCUGCUCCCAACUUUAGCAGUUCGAAACUGCGGUAUCCCGUUCUUGAGCCAAUAAUUCCAUACCUCAACAACAUAAUUCCGAUACCUUUGGCUUGCGAUCUCGUCGAUCUCUACUUUGCUUCUUCAUCGUCAGCGCAGAUGCACCCAAUGUCACCUUACGUCUUGGGCUUCGUACUCCGAAAACGAUACUUCCUGGAUCAGACAAGGCCAAGACCUUGCCAACCCGCACUCUUGGCAAGUAUGCUCUGGGUUGCCGCCCAGACCAGCGAUGCUCCUUUCCUCGCCAGCACACCUUCAGCACGCGCCAAGACUUGCCAGAAGCUCUUGGAGCUUACAGUCUACCUCCUUCGACCUCUCAUCCACACAGCACCCAGUGAUGCACCCAGCCCUGUUGCCGAUGGUGUUGCUCUUGGCGGUCUAGGUGUAGCUAUGCCUGGAUCGAUCAGCAUGGAAGCCACGAGUGGCGAAUCUGGACCUUUUGGUGCGGCUGGCAGCCUCGAUGAUGUUAUCACAUAUAUUCAUUUGGCGGUUGUCGUGUCUGCUAGCGAAUACAAGGGAGCGAGUAUGCGAUGGUGGACUGCUGCUUGGGGUCUCGCCCGUGAACUCAAGCUGGGCCGCGAGCUCCCUCCUGGACCAUCUCCAGCUGCGCAAGAGGCCAUGGAUACUGAUAACGCCGAGGAUGCUGAAGGUGGCAUCAGCGGAAACGGUUAUGUAGGUGAAGAGGAGCGCGAAGAACGACGCCGGAUAUGGUGGCUUCUAUAUAUCGUCGACAGACACUUGGCGCUGUGCUACAACCGCCCCCUAUUCCUCCUUGACAUUGAGUGUCAAGGUCUGUUACAGCCCAUGGAUGAUGCGGUGUGGCAAAGCGGCGAUUUCCUCGGCAACUCAAAUUCAACUACGGAUCCCAACCUUCUAGGAACAAGUCCAGAAGGUUACAGAACCGAUCACGUACAGGCUCACGGACCUCAAUACGAGUGCCGCGGCCAUAGCAUCUUCGGAUAUUUCCUCCCCCUGAUGACCAUCUUGGGUGAAAUCGUCGACUUACACCACGCAAAGAACCACCCCCGAUUCGGUACUUCUUUCCGCCAAGGAAAUGAGUGGAAUGCCCAAACUGCUGAAAUUACUCGACAUCUUGAGAUUUAUGAGCAGAGCUUGCAAUCCUUUGAGCACAAGAAUCUGCCUCGACCACUAGAGGAGAGAAACGACGCGGCAAAUGACGGCAACGACCGCUCAGGGGUUCCUGAGACGAACACGCCGUCAGUUCACUCUGUGCAUACCAAUACAUCAAACCGACUUACAGAGAGCAAUAUCCAAACUCGCAUUGUGAUUGCAUAUGGAACCCACGUGAUGCACGUUUUGCAUAUCCUCCUCUCUGGCAAGUGGGAUCCUAUCAACUUGCUGGACGACGAAGACUUGUGGAUAUCUUCCCAAGGGUUCAUUACAUCAACAAGCCACGCUGUUGCGGCAGCUGAGGCAAUCAACCAGAUUCUCGAGUUCGAUCCUGGUCUGGAAUUCAUGCCGUUCUUCUUCGGUAUCUACCUCCUUCAGGGGUCGUUCUUAUUGCUGCUUAUCGCAGACAAGCUUCAAUCGGAAGCAUCACCCAGUGUGGCAAAGGCAUGCGAAACAAUCGUGCGGGCUCACGAGGCAUGUGUCGUGACUCUAAGCACAGAAUAUCAGCGAAAAUUCAGCAAGGUCAUGCGCAGCGCUCUUGCUCAGGUUCGAGGUCGUGUACCCGAGGAUCUAGGCGAGCAGCAGCAACGGCGAAGGGAACUUUUGGCGGUUUAUCGAUGGACAAAGGACGGGACGGGUUUGGCAUUGUGA